CAGAAAACACACCUCCCCUCGCCGGAAUCCUCUCACCCUCGCUUGAAAACCGCGAUUUUCAAAUCUUUUGGGCAAUUUUCGGCCAUUUUUGGUCGGUUUUUCACCAAACCACCACCCGACCUAGCCUUUCCUCCCCAUUUUCAGCCUAUCCCUCAAUUUUGAGGCGAUUUGGACUGAUUUUGAGUCGCCGGAGGCGAAUUCCGGCGAGGCUUCGACGAGCAAUUUCCGAGCAUAUUUUGAGAUUUUCGUCGCUUCCAUUGCCUUUGCCUCAUCAUCCCCUACACCUCUACUUGUGUCUCCAGGUUUGAUUUUGCCCUUAACCUUGUGAAUUGUGGAGAAUUGGGUGUUAAGGUGUAUGUUUAGAGAACAACUUUGUGUUGUGUGAUUUGUGUGCAAUUGAUUGAGGGGAAGGCUUGGUUUAUCUGUGAAUGAUGUUGGGAAAUGUCCCUCUUGCUUGAUUGAGCACUUGUGUGCUAUGAAUUUGUCAAUUUUAUGCUUAACUUAAUAAUACACACAAGGUGUUCGAUGAAAUGCCUGUUUUUCAUACCAUUUUGUGGGAGCCGGUUGGGGCCCUUAAUGAUGUGCUUUGAGGGUGUAUUUACUAUGGAUGUGAAGCUUAAGUUGCCUACUUUAUGAUGGAUGUGCACCCCCACCCAGAUUAUGCUUGUUUGAUCGAUUUAUUGACCCCCGAACUAUGGAUGAAACCAUGGUUCGGCUGUUUUCUGCUUUCAAGUGUGGGGUGUGAUUAAUCUUUUCUAUGGCUCUUUUGGCUCCACUUUGGGUUGUUCUUUUGCAGGACCAUGACGAAACCCGAUCUCAAGCACCCGUUUGUCAGGGAUUUGAAGAGGGCCCCCACCAAGAUCGGUUUAAGCGCGUCCUGGCCUGCGCGUUUGGGCAGCAUCAUUGCCGGUCCAGGCGGGAGUUUGAGAAGCUGAACUGCUACGACCACUUCUCCGCCAUUGUCACCAACCCGGCCUUGGCGCCGUCUGCUACCCGUUCGCGAGAAAGUUUAACACGAGCUCAUGCUGGAGUUCUAUACGAUCUUCAAGCACGAGGGGACAGAGGAUUGGGUAGAUGAUGAAGCCGUCAAGUUUUUUCUCGGCGGUGCGCCCCGCUCCAUGAGCUACCACAACUUGGCGACCACUCUCGAGCUCGGCCUGGCCGAUGACAGGGAAUACGUCAUCGAGCUCAGCGAUCCGGUGGGGGUAAACUUCAAGACGCUGUACACCCGCCUCGCUCAGCCCGGCCAGCGUCCCUUCAUUGCAGGACGGACGAAGGUCAGCACCCUGCAGCUCGAUAGCCGCAUUCUUCACCACUUACUGGCGAAGUCCUACACUCCGGCCGGGGAGAGUUCCAGCACCAUCACCAGGAGAGCGAUGUAUUUCAUCCAGUCCAUGCGUCAGGCAGACCAUCUUCUUCACCUGGGUUCUGUGGUAGUGUGUUCUUGUUAUUCCCUUCGUGCAAAACUGUCCGUUCGUUCCAUAUGUUCCCCGCUGACUAGUCCACUUCCAGUCUCCCGCAGUAUUUCAAUCCAGUAACAUCGUUCCCCUUCUCUCCCUAUGCUCCAUUGAGGGCAAUGUGGUGCUUAAGUGUGUGUGUGGGGGGGGGGGGAGGGUGCUUUGUAUCGGUUGGAAUCUAUAUACGUGUGCGUGGAGCCUAGUCCGCUAUCCAAAUCUCAAGAUUUGAGGGCUCCAACUACGGCUGUUUGAUCAUAUUGGCACUGUGUUUUGAUUGGUGAAUUGAAUGGUUUUCUGAUUAAUGCAUGACAACUGGAUUGUGACUAGGGCAACCUAUAAUGAUGACUGAGACGUGCAGUAGAGUCGUGUAGGGGGUCAGUUUUUCAAUUAAUUGCUUACCAACUG